GUUUGAUUUGGUUUGGCUCAUUGUGGUAUACAGCGUCGUGAAAGGAUGGGCAAAAAGCAUGCAGUAACAACUGCCGUGGCGUGGAGAUUUACAUCAUGGAUUACAGUUAACGGCAACCGUGAUGAAGAUGUAUCUACACUGGCCUAGGUACCAUGUCGGCAUUCCUGCCUUUAUAGUGCCGUUCGGCUGAACAUGUACCUUCUGAGGCGAGUGUUCGGAACGGACGGGCGGAACGGGCAGAACGUAGGAAUGGAGAGGAGCAAGCUGCUGAGGCGGUUUGGGAAACGGGGAAAGGGCAAAGGUCAAUUCAACAUGCCCUCAGGUGUGGCUGUGACGAAAUCAGGGGACAUCGUGGUGGCGGAUACGGAAAAUCACAGAAUACAAAUAUUCACUAGCGAAGGACAACUGAAAUGCAAGUUUGGUCUCCAAGGAGCUCUACCACACCAAAUAAACUACCCAAUGUGUGUUGCCUUGACAACGGAUGAAAAUGUGGUAGUAUCAGAUAGUGUUAAUGCUGUCGUAAAGAUAUUUAACUUGAAUGGGGAAUACAUCACUCAGUACGGAACAAAUGGAGUGUUCGAAUUUCCCUACGGAUUAGCCGUCAGUCAGGAAAAUUUCUUGGUGGUGACGGAUAUUUCGAAGCACAGUGUGACUGUGCUGUACCCCAGCGGUGGGGUCAGCCAUGCCUUCGGUUCCUACGGCGAGGGUACAAGGCAGCUGGACCAUCCUUACUUUGUAGCAGUCAACAGGAACAAGCAAAUCAUCGUCACAGACUCAGGCAACGGCUGCAUAAAACUCUUCCAUUUUGAAGGUAGACUUCUUCGGUGCUUUUCUUGGCAGGAUUUCCGCUUGCUGGAAGGCCAGAUAAUCAAUCUGUACGGGCUGUGCUCAGAUCCCGACGGCAACACCAUCUUGGUGUGUAACAGCACGGUGUACAUACUGGCGCGGAAUGGUCGGCUCUGGGAGAUCCUCACCCCCCUAGACGGACUGACUUCACCCAAGUGCAUUGCCUACUCCCCCUUAGGUCAACUCGUCCUGACACAGGCAGACUAUAGCGGCAGACACGAAGUCUGUUUAUUCAAGUACAACAAGGAGGAUUACGAAUCUCUUAACGCUCUUCUUUUUUAUGCUAUAUCAAUAUAA